AUACCACAUAACAGGUAUUUUGGGUCGUUUAUUGCAAAUAGCAGGGCGUGCUAGAAAUAGCAGCCAAAUCUUUGGAGUGUGACAAACGUAUAAUGCUAUAGCCAAAUGACUGAAACAAGUAAAAUAGUAUACGAUGAGCCUGAUCGCGUGCAUAUUUUGAAAUACUCAACAGUAAAUAAAAUUAACUUUCAAUUCAAGUUCGAAAUGCAUCCAUACUUAAUCAACGUUAUAGAUUCAUUAUCAUUCUUUGUCUUGCCUACAAGAAAGUGUGUUAAGGUAGUAUUUUAAGUCACUAUUGCCAUCUAUUGGAGACAUAAAGAAAUACAAUCAUACGAAGGGAAGUAACUUCUAAAAUACACUUCUAUUAAAUUAUUAAUUAGUGUAUUUAAUUACCGAUCAGGUACUCGUUCUGUAUAUCCGAAUACGAAUAUCACAUCCUGUUGACAUCAGAGAAAGUUCUUCAUUCAGAUGUGCCUUUGAUAUUUUUAUCAGCUUACAUCAACUAAAGGAAGACGAUAUAUUUAUAAGGAGCAUUCAUCAAUACGUCAGCCUUUUUAUACAAAUAUAAUCUAUGCCAAGUAGCAGCAAAAUAUUUUCUUGUCUUCACUGUCUGGAAUUUAGAGGAGGUGAUUGCUUUACAAGCUUGGAUGACUUUAUGAAGGAUUUGACAGUUUUCACCUGCUCAUUUAGAUGAGAGAAACAUAGCAUGAAAAUAUUCCCUGAAAAUAGUUUAACACAAACAUAUUCAUAGAAAUAAAAGAAACAAUAUCUUUGUGAUAUGAAAGACAAAUUAUUCUCUCAUAAUGAAUAAUUUACUUAAAUCUGAAAACCCUGAUACAAGAGAGAAACUAUUUUCCUGUGAUGUCUGUGGAAAAUCAUUCUCACGAAGAAGUCACUUGCCUAUUCACAAGCGUACACAUACAGGAGAGAAACCAUGUCAUUGUACUAUCUGUGGUAAAUCAUUCUCUUGUAAUAGUCACUUGAUUAGUCACAUUCGUAUUCAUACUGGGGAAAAACCAUAUCAUUGUGAUAUAUGCGAUAAAUCAUUUACUGGAAGUAGUGCUUUAACUAGACACAAACGUAUUCAUACUGGUGAGAAGCCAUAUCAUUGUGAUAUCUGUGGUAAUUCAUUCUCAAGAAGUACUCACUUGACUAGUCACAGACGAAUUCAUACUGGGGAAAAACCAUAUCUCUGUGAUAUCUGUGGUAAAUCUUUUUCUGAAAAUAGUACUUUAACUAGUCAUAAACGCAUUCAUACAGGAGAGAAGCCAUACCAUUGUGAUAUCUGUGAUAAAUCAUUCACUGACAAUGCUCACUUGACUAAACACAAACUGCUUCAUACAGGACAGAAACCAUAUCACUGUGAUAUAUGUGGUAAAUCAGUCUCUGAAAGGGGUGACUUGACUAAACACCAGUGCAUUCACACUGGAGAGGAACCAUAUCAUUGUGAUAUCUGUGGUAAAUCAUUCUAUGAAAAUAGCAGUUUAACUAUUCACAAACGUAUUCAUACAGGAGAGAGGCCAUAUCAUUGUAAUAUAUGUGGUAAAUCAUUCACUGCAAACAGUCAUUUGACUAAACAUAAGCGCGUUCAUACAGGAGAGAAACCAUAUAAUUGUGAUAUCUGCGACAAAUCAUUCGCUGAAAGAGGUGUAUUAACUAAACACCAGCGUAUUCAUACAGGAGAGAGGCCAUAUCACUGUAAUAUAUGUGGUGAGUCAUUUUCUAAUGCCAGUUACUUGAAAAGGCACAGACGUAUUCAUACAGGUGAGAAGCCAUAUCAUUGUGAUAUCUGUGGUAAAUCAUUCUCUGAAAAUUAUAGUUUGAUGAGACACAAAUACAUUCAUAGUGGGGGAAAACCAUAUCAUUGUGAUAUAUGUGACAAAUCAUUCUCUCAGUGUAGUGACUUAACGAAUCACCAACGCGUUCAUACAGGUGAGAAGCCAUAUCAUUGUGAUAUCUGUGGUAAAUCAUUCUCUUGUAAUAGUCACUUGUCUAAUCAUAAACGUAUUCAUACUGGAGAGAAACCUUAUCAUUGUGAUAUCUGUGGUAAAUCAUUCACAGCAAACAGUGACUUGACUAAACACAAGCGCGUUCAUACAGGAGAGAAACCAUAUCAGUGUGAUAUCUGUGGUAAAUCAUUCUCUCAAAAAUCCCACUUAAGUACACAUGUGAGUAUUCACACACAAGCGUGCCGUACACGAGGCACAACGCAGUGUGAAAUAGAAAGGGUUACUGCCAUCGAUGCUGUGAAUAACGUCUCAGUGGAUGGGAUGUCACGUCACGUGUUGGAUAUUCCAAGGACAAAUUAUUCUCUCAUAAUGGAUACUUUAACUGGAUCUAAAAACCCUGAUACAAGAGAGAAACUAUUUUCCUGUGAUGUCUGUGGAAAAUCAUUCUCUCGAAGAAGUCACUUGACCAGUCACAAACGUACACAUACAGGAGAGAAGCCAUAUCAUUGUGAUAUCUGUGGAAAAUCAUUCUCUCGAAGAAGUCACUUGACCAGUCACAAACGUACACAUACAGGAGAGAAGCCAUAUCAUUGCCAUAUCUGUGGAAAAUCAUUCUCUUGUAAUAGUCAUUUGAGUAGUCACAGACGUUGUCAUACUGGGGAAAAACCAUAUCAUUGUGAUAUAUGUGGCAAAUCAUUUUCUGAAAAUAGCAGUUUAACUACUCACAAACGUAUUCAUACAGGGGAGAGGCCAUAUCAAUGUAAUAUCUGUGGUAAAUCAUUCACUGCAAGCAGUGACUUGACUAAACACAAGCACGUUCAUACAGGAGAGAAACCAUAUCAUUGUGAUAUCUGUGGUGAAUCAUUCACUCAAAAUUAUAGUUUGAUGAAACACAAAUACAUUCAUACUGGGGAAAAACCAUAUCAUUGUGAUAUAUGUGGCAAAUCAUUUUCUGAAAAUAGCAGUUUAACUCGUCACAAACGUAUUCAUACAGGAGAGAGGCCAUAUCAUUGUAAUAUAUGUGGUAAAUCAUUCACUGCAAGCAGUAACUUGACUAAACAUCAGUGCGUUCAUACAGGAGAGAAACCAUAUAAUUGUGAUAUCUGUGGCAAAUCGUUCUCAGAAAGAGGUGUCUUAACUAAACACCAGCGUAUUCAUACAGGAGAGAAGCCAUAUCACUGUAACAUAUGUGGUAAGUCAUUUUCUAAUGCCAGUAACUUGAAAAGGCACAGACGUAUUCAUACAGGUGAGAAGCCAUAUCAUUGUGAUAUCUGUGGUAACUCAUUCUCUUGUAAUAGUCACUUGUCUAAUCAUAAACGUAUUCAUAAUGGAGAGAAGCCAUAUGAUUGUCAUAUCUGUGGUAAAUCAUUCACUGCAAGCAGUCAUUUGACUAAACACGAGCGCGUUCAUACAGGAGAGAAACCAUAUCAUUGUGAUAUCUGUGGUAAAUCAUUCUCUCAAAAUGAUAGUUUGACGAAACACAAAUACAUUCAUACUGGAAAACCAUAUCAUUGUGAUACCUGUGGUAAAUCAUUCUCUCAAAAAUCCCACUUCAGAACACAUGUGAGUAUACACAAACAAGCGUGACUGUAUGCCUACAGUUACAUUUAGUUUUUCUCCUAAGAGACAGGAAUUUUUUUUGUCUCUUCAAAUUUCAUGUUUUAAACUUUAAUUUCAUCAAUGUCAACAUUAAAUUCAGUAAGGAAUUACAACAUGACUACAAUUACCACUAUUUUUGUUCUAAGAGACAGGGAUUUUUUUUCAUUUCUUCAAAUUUGAUGCAAUGAACUUCAAUUUUAUCAUUGUCAGCAUCAAAUUCAUGAAUAUCAACCUGAAUGUCUUGUAUAUAUAGAAAUAUAUCAACACAACAAUGCCUUUGAUUUCUGAAGAUGGUCAUGCUGGAUUUUUCAGGAAUUUGUUAUGACAGAAUAAAGAAAUGCGAAUAAUGAAUAAAAGGUUAAACUGAAAUUGGUUUUGUUGUCGUCGCCAUCUUCUUCUUUUAGUGAUAUUUUUUUUUUAUAUGCUGACAUGUGUGGGACAGUGUGACAUGAAUAAAAGAUUAAACUGAAA